AUGGAAUCAAGGGCUUCACAUCCUAGCAGAAACGAAGGUGAAACACAUGUUUCAGGGAAAGAGGAAACAUUAAGAAAAACGCAUAAUAACGUACGAGGCAUGGUUGAACAGGAAUGCUCAUCAGAAGCUAUAGUAAAUGUGACAGGACGCGAUUCUGAAAAAAAGGUUGAAGAAUGUGCAUCGAAUCGAGGCCAUAAUGAGAAAGACAACAAGCGAAAUGGGGCACAGGAGAAUUCAAUUUGUGACGAAAACAUGAUUCAACCAAAAGAGAGUGAAAAAGAUAUUCGUCCGGUUGCAUUCAGUCAAGACCAGGCUGAGAAAGACAUCAAGCAAACUGAUGAACAGGGAAAUUUCGUUCCUAUUAAUAUCAUCAUUGAAGAAAGAGAAAGUAAUAACGGGAAAUCAAGUUCUUCAGAUAUUAACACAGACGAAGCUGAGAGGAUUAUUUCAGGAAAAGAGAAAACCCCCAAAAAGGCAGAAGGCAAUCUACAAGGGAUGGACGAAAAGAAAAACAGAUCAGCAACGAUCUUAAAUAUGACAGAAAAAGAUGCUGAAAAAGACAUUAACGUGGGUGCAUCGACUCAAGACCACAGUGAGGAACGCAUUAAGCAAACUGAGGAGCAGGGGACGAGAGACAGCGAGCAAAAUGGGGCACAGGAGAAUUCAAUUUCUGGUGAAAAUAUGAUUGAAUCAAUAGAGUCUUAUAUUGUACAAUCAAGUCCUUCAGAUCUGUGCAUAAUGAAAUCUGAAACAGAUGGUGCUGGAAAAGAGGAAUUAUCACGAAAAGCUCAUUGCAACAUAACAGUGAGGUAUGAAGAGAACUGUCCAUCAGAAUCGAUAGUCGAUGUGAGAAAAGUUUCUGAAAAAGCACUUCGUCCGGCUGCAUCGAGUGAAGGUCAUACUGAGAAAGACAUCAAGCAAAAUGAUGAACAGGGGAAUUCCGUUCCUAACAAUAUUAGGAUUGAACAAAGAAAAAAUAAUUACGGGGAAUCAAGUUCUUCAGAACUUGACACAGACGAAUCUGAGAGGAAUAUUGCAGGAAAGGAGGAAACCCUAAUAAAAGCAGAUGGCAACCUACAAGGGAUAAACGCAAAGACAAACCGAUCAGAAACAAUCUUAAAUGGGGUAGGAAAAGUUUCUGAAAAAGACAUGAACGUGGGUGUAUCUACUCAAGACUACAGUGAGAAAGACAUCAAGCAAACUGAGAAGCGGGGCAUUUUAGUUCCUGACGGUAAUAUAAAUGAACAAAGAGAAAGCAAUAAAAGUGAAUUGAGUGCUUCAGAUCCUAACACAAACGAAGCAGAAAGAGAUGAUGCAGGAGAAGAGAAAACGUCAAUGAAAAUAGAUGAGAACCCACAAAAGAAGGUACAGAAGGAACGAUCAGAAACGAACGCAAAUGGGGUAGGAAAGUGUUCUGAAAAUGAUAUUAACCUCGGUGUAUCGACUCAAGAGCACUGUGAGAAAGACAUCAAGCAAACUGUAGAUCAUAGGAAUUUAAUUCCUGAUGAUAAUAUCAUUGCAAAAAUAGAAUGUAAGAACAGGGAAUUAGGUUCUUCAGAUCCUAUCUCAAACGAAGCCGAAAGAGAUGUGGCAGAAGAAGAGAAAAUCUCAAUAAAAAUAGAUGAAAACAUACAAGGGAUGGACGAAAAGACAAACCGAUCAGAAACGCUCGCAAAUGGAGCAGGAAAGGAUUCUAAAAAAGUAAUUAACCUGGGUGCAUCGCCUCAAGACCAAAGGGAGAAAGACAUCAAGCAAAAUGAGGAGCAGGGCAAUUUAGGUCCUGACGAUAAUAUAAUUGAACAAAGAGAAAGUAUUAACAGUGAAUCAAGUCUUUCAGAUCCUAGCACAAACGUUCAUAUCAUUGAACCAAAGCAAUGUGAUAACGGAGAGUCAAGGCCUAGCACAAAUGAAGCGAAAGAAAAUUUUGAAGGGAAAGAGAAAGCAUCAGAGAAAGGAGUUAAGAGCCUAAAAGAGACGGAAAUGAAAGAGAAUCCACUCUCUUGUCAUAGUGUCCAUAUGAGAAAAAUAUUUCGUAAAAAAUAUCCGCCAAAAGAGCGAAAUUUUGAUUCGAAGCGAAAUUUUCGACGAGCAUUAAAGGAUAAAAAAUGUGAACGAGAUAUCCUACUUGUUUCUGGGACAGAAGCUUGUAAAAGAGCUGUUGAAUUAAAUAUGUGUUCUGCUUAUUGUGCAGGAGCAAGUAAAUCAACUGAGGCUCAGUUAGAAUCAGAUACUUCCAAUCAGAUGUCAAGUGAAAUAGAAAAAAAUAUUCAUGUAGAAAACGUUCAGAUUAAAUCAGAAAAUGAAAAAUGUAGCCCAGCACAGCAGUGCAUUUUUGAGCAAGAAGGUAAUACGGACACUGAAAAACAUCUACCGAAAUCAUUUCAUUCAAGUCCGUGUAGAAAACGAGACUUUCAGCAACACAUUAAUGUAACUGUAUCAGUGAAUAUAAUUAAGAAAUUUAUGCCAUCUGUUUGUGAAGAAAAGGAUAGUGAAGAAAAUGAGGUUACUGAAGUGAAAAGAAUUUCUGUAGAUAAGCAUAUAAGCAAUAUGGGAGAAGAUAUGCCAUCUUUAUAUGCGGAAGAUACUACUGAAAGAAAACGUAUAAGUGACUCAGUUCUGAACAUGGGCGGUGUCAAGGCCGAUAGUGACAUAAACGUUGAUGUUAGUAAUACAGAUGAUCAACAAUGUGAAAGAAAUCUUAUAAAAUAUGAAUGGAAAUCAGAUCAAUUAGAUCAGAGUGCGAGCAACACUAAAGAGGUUUCUGAGGCCAGUGGCAGUCAAGAUAUGCAGACAAAAGGAAUGUCUGAGCAAUUUAUGGAAUCGUUUCCUAUAGAACAUGAUAAGAAAAAAGAAAACACAU